UUCACAGUAGUACCUUCACAGUAGUACAUCUAGUCGGGCUCAUUUUCAAAAGCGUGACUUGAAUUUUGAGCUUUCGAACUAUACGUUCGGAAAUCCUCAUAACUUACAUUACAAUGGCUUCGGCUAAUGAAAUCGAUAUUAUAAGUGAACUACAAAAGAAACCCUUUCCUGUUCGACAAUCAGGCGAGCAAAAUAUACUCGUAAGGCAGCGGCCAAUUCCAAAUUUACAAGCGACUACAGGCAAUAGAAGCUUUCAGGAAAGUUGGUACUCGAAGAAAGAUUGGCUUUGUGGUAGCUCAGAAAAGAAUGCAUUGUUUCGUUGGCCUUGUCUUUUAUUUUGCCCUGGAUCGUCAUCUUUAUGGACGCAGACGGCAUUCAAAAACAUGAAGAAUUUCUUAUUCGAUUGUAAGAAGCAUGAGAAGGCAAAAUCGCACAUGGGUGCCUACAAGACCUGGAAGACCUAUGGUUUUCAGCCAAGUAUCGACUGUCUCAUGUCACAAACUAGACGAAGAGAUUCAGCGUCAUAACGAGGAGGUUGAUGAGGCAACUGAUGUUUCUACCAAAGAACUAUUGAGUGUAAUUGUUCGAAUGGACAAAGGGGAAAGUGUCAUUGAAAGACAGCUUGGGUUUGUUGAUGUUAGUUGUGAUAGGACUGCAACUGCUAUAUCAUCAGUGGUUAAGGGUUGGGAUGAUGAAACGUUAAGUAAGGUUACUGGUUUACUUGGCUACCUUAAUGGCUUCUUGUUUUGUUUCUUGGUACAUGUUUUCCAGAGAAUUCUUGAGCAGUCAUCCAUACUUUAUUCUAUCUUGCAAGACAAGGACACUGACUUUCAUUAUGGAAUGAGUAGGUUUGAGAGAUUCAAGGCCUUUGUUGCUUCUCUGAGAAAUGAUACAGAAUAUUGUCAGGUGUACGACCUGGCUGUUGAGAAAGUGGGACCACCAGUAACCAGGAUUUCCAUUCACAAAGACAUACUGUCAGAGAAAGAAGACGCCAACACAUUGCAUGAUGAGGUAGUAAAGAAGUUCAUUGAAAAACCACGAAGACUUGCUUUCUUAUACAAAUAGGUAUUCAUAUAUGGCUGAUAGCAAGCUGAUGAUGUCUUACGUCCAUGGCAUGUGAGAAUUUUUCCGGGAACUUUUUAAUGCAGUCAAUGAUGAUUGUCAUUUCAGCACGACAAUUUCAUCACAACUUUUGAUAGUUGUUGAUGACAAAUCUGAGCCUUUUUCGGUUCUUUUGUCAAAGUUUCUUUACAAGAUGUACAUAGGUAUCUAUUUAUGUAUGUGGUGUUGAGAAAAUAAAUCACAUAUCUGCAACUA